GCAAGCACACGGUGGUGGCCUACCGCGACGCCAUCUACGUCUUCGGCGGCGACAACGGAAAAACAAUGUUGAAUGACCUGUUAAGAUUUGAUGUGAAAGAUUGCUCUUGGUGCAGGGCUUUUACUACUGGGAGUCCUCCAGCACCUCGGUAUCACCAUUCAGCAGUAGUUUAUGGGAGCAGCAUGUUUGUGUUUGGUGGCUACACUGGAGACAUUUACUCCAACUCCAAUUUGAAGAAUAAAAAUGAUCUCUUUGAGUAUAAGUUUGCAACUGGCCAAUGGACAGAGUGGAAGACAGAAGGAAGAUUGCCAGUUGCAAGGUCAGCUCAUGGUGCAACAGUGUAUAGUGACAAACUGUGGAUCUUUGCAGGGUAUGAUGGAAAUGCUCGGUUAAAUGAUAUGUGGACGAUUGGCCUACAGGACAAAGAGCUGACAUGCUGGGAAGAGAUUGAACAAAGCGGUGAGAUCCCUCCUUCAUGCUGUAAUUUUCCUGUGGCUGUUUGCAAAGACAAGAUGUUUGUGUUUUCAGGCCAGAGUGGAGCAAAGAUCACCAACAAUCUCUUUCAAUUUGAAUUCAAGGAAAAAAUUUGGACACGAAUUCCUACCGAGCACUUACUUCGGGGUUCUCCUCCUCCUCCACAGCGAAGAUAUGGCCAUACCAUGGUUGCCUUUGAUCGCCAUCUCUACGUGUUUGGUGGUGCGGCAGAUAAUACAUUACCUAAUGAACUUCACUGCUAUGAUGUAGACUCUCAGACAUGGGAAGUUAUCCAGCCCAGUCCAGAUAGUGAGCUGCCUAGUGGGAGACUUUUCCAUGCUGCAGCCGUCAUCUCAGAUGCCAUGUAUAUCUUUGGAGGGACAGUGGACAAUAAUAUUAGAAGUGGAGAAAUGUACAGAUUCCAGUUUUCUUGUUACCCAAAAUGUACUUUACAUGAAGAUUAUGGAAGACUCUGGGAAAACAGACAGUUCAGUGACUUGGAGUUCGUUUUGGGAGAGAAAGAAGAACGAGUCCGUGGUCAUACAGCAAUUGUCACAGCUCGCUGCAAAUGGCUAAGGAAGAAAAUUAUACAGGCAAAGGAAAGAUUGAAACAGAAAUCUAAGCAAGAGAUUGAAGAAGAGGGACGAGAGAUGUCCCAGAAGGAAGGAGUAGGUGGUAAUGUUAAGCCAUGCCGCCAGCAGCCGCUGCUGGAGGUGACUAUCCGGGAAGCUGAAGCGCAGCCCUUUGAGGUGCUCAUGCAGUUCCUGUACACAGAUAAAAUUAAAUAUCCACGCAAAGGUCAUGUGCAGGAUGUUCUUCUUAUCAUGGAUGUGUAUAAACUAGCCCUGAACUUCAAGCUCUCUCGACUAGAACAGCUCUGCGUCCAGUAUAUUGAAGCAUCUGUAGAUCUCCAGAAUGUGCUCACUGUGUGUGAAAAUGCUAACAAGCUUCAGCUAGAUCAGUUAAAGGAACAUUGCCUAAACUUUGUGGUGAAAGAAUCGCAUUUUAAUCAAGUAAUAAUGAUGAAGGAAUUUGAACAUCUUUCCUCAUCCCUGAUAGUGGAGAUAGUACGGAGAAAACAACAGCCUCCUAUUCGAAUGCAUUCUGAUCAACCUAUUGAUAUAGGCACAUCUUUGAUUCAGGACAUGAAGGCUUAUCUAGAAGGAGCUGGGAUGGAGUUCUGUGAUAUCAUUCUACUGUUAGAUGGCCAUCCAAGACCAGCCCAUAAGGCUAUUCUUGCAGCCCGCUCCAGUUACUUUGAAGCUAUGUUCCGUUCUUUCAUGCCAGAAGAUGGACAACUUUACAGCUACCUCUUUGCGGCCCCUUAUUAUUAUGGCUUCUUCAACAACAGACUUCAAGCAUACUGUAAGCAGAAUUUGGAAAUGAAUGUUACAGCAGAAAAUGUGCUCCAGAUUUUAGAGGCAGCUGACAAGACCCAAGCUCUGGACAUGAAGAGACACUGCUUGCACAUCAUUGUUCAUCAGUUCACCAAGGUCUCCAAGUUGCCAAACCUCCGGUUCCUCAGUCAGCCGCUCCUUCUUGACAUCAUAGAAUCAUUAGCAAAUCACAUAUCAGACAAGCAGUGUGCCGAGCUGGGUUCAGACAUAUAAGAUACUUUCUGUAAAACAGAUAUUUUACUUGUUCACGAAACGGUAGCACUUUACAAGCUCAUCUCUCUGCCUUCAUAACCAUUGCAUUCUAAACUCUGAACAUCAACGUGAUACAGCAGAAAGCCUGAAAAGAACAUGGAAAUCUGCACUGUUACUCUCCUGUGGAUCUGUAAGGUUUACAUACUUGUGUUUGGGGUAGAGUCAGGUCUCAGGUACACCACUGUAAAAUUGAAAUUGUUUCAUAGUUUCAUAGCAGGUAGGGACCUGAGCAAAUCAUCAAGUCCGACCCCCUGCCAUAGCAGGAAAGAGUACUGGGGUCAAACGACCCCAGCAAGGUGUUCAUCCAGCCUCCUCUUAAA